UCACCCAAUUCUUUCCAUCCCUGGCGUUCGCCAUCUUCCAAUGAAUCUUCCGCUGUCCUCGUUCCGUCUGCCUUCCUUUUUCAUAAAUAUACAUUAAACAAAAUGCAAGUAUAAAUACCCAGGGCACCUCCUCCCAUUCGAUACCGAAAGUAGUUACGAGUUUGAAUCUUCCUUUGUCUCUGCGCUCCGGCAAACCGAAAACCCUAGUGGACGGGCAGAUCCAUGGAGACGAUCCCGAAGGAGAACGGAUCGACGACGGCGGCGACGCCGAUCCGCGCGGCGACGAACCCGAUGGUCACGCCGCUGCUCACCGACCUGUACCAGUUUACCAUGGCUUAUGCCUACUGGAAGGCUGGGAAGCACCUCGAGCGCGCCGUAUUUGAUCUAUAUUUUCGUAAAAAUCCCUUUGGUGGCGAAUACACAGUCUUUGCUGGUCUAGAAGAAUGCAUUCGUCUCAUUGCUAACUUUCAUUUUAAGAAGGAUGAUAUCUCUUUCAUGCGUUCAGUUAUGCCCAAUUGCGAGGAUGAAUUCUUUGAAUAUCUCACGAAAAUUGACUGCUCUGAUGUUGAAGUUUAUGCAAUUCCUGAGGGUUCUGUUGUUUUCCCAAAGGUUCCCUUGAUCAGGAUUGAAGGACCAGUAGCGGUGGUCCAACUCCUUGAAACUCCAUUUGUUAAUCUUGUGAAUUAUGCAUCAUUGGUAGCUACAAAUGCUGCACGGCACCGGUUUGUUGCUGGAAAGGAUAAAAUGUUAAUGGAAUUUGGACUUAGACGAGCACAAGGCCCCGAUGGUGGAAUAAGUGCGUCAAAAUACUGCUACAUUGGAGGAUUUGAUGCAACGAGCAAUGUGGCUGCUGGAAACUUGUUUGGCAUACCCCUUCGAGGAACUCAUUCACAUGCAUUUGUUAGCUCAUAUAUGAGCCCUGAUGAGAUUGUAGUCAAAUCACUUCGCAGUCAUGAUGGUUCAAGUACUUGUAUGGAUUUCCUGACUCUAGUCAGGACAUGGCUCAGUAAACUUCAGUCAUCAGAAUCUUUCCGUGGUGUUUUUGGUGAGACAAAUCAAAGUGAACUAGCUGCAUUCACCUCAUAUGCUUUGGCUUUUCCGAAUAACUUCCUUGCCCUAGUAGAUACAUACGAUGUUAUGAGGAGUGGAAUUCCCAACUUUUGUGCGGUAGCUUUAGCACUUAAUGAUUUGGGGUAUACAGCAUCUGGGAUUAGGUUGGAUUCUGGUGAUUUAGCUUAUUUAUCUUCUGAAGCUCGAAAUUUUUUUCUCUCAGUAGAGAAGGAAUUUAACAAAUCUGGCUUUGGGAAAAUGGCUGUUACAGCUAGCAAUGAUCUGAAUGAGGAAACUCUCGAUGCUUUAAACAAGCAGGGACAUGAAAUUGAUGCUUUUGGGAUUGGCACAUAUCUUGUUACAUGCUAUACCCAAGCAGCUCUUGGUUGUGUAUUUAAACUUGUUGAAAUUAAAGAUCAACCUCGCAUUAAGCUCUCUGAAGAUGUCACAAAGGUUUCAAUACCUUGUAAAAAGCGAUGUUUCAGAUUGUAUGGAAAAGAAGGUUAUGCCUUGGUUGAUAUCAUGACUGGGGAGGAUGAAACUCCUCCAAAAGUAGGACAACGCCUUCUUUGCCGCCAUCCAUUUAAUGAAUCAAAGAGAGCAUAUGUUGUGCCACAAUGCGUGGAGGAGCUUUUGAAAUGCUACUGGCCUGGGAGUUCAAAUAAACCCAGAGAAGAACUACCAUCGCUAAAGAAGGUCAGAGAACGCUGCAUGCAACAGCUUGAACAAAUGAGAUCUGAUCAUAUGCGGAGGUUGAAUCCUACACCAUACAAGGUCAGUGUCAGCGCGAAGCUGUACGACUUCAUUCAUUUCCUGUGGCUCAGUGAAGCACCAGUCGGUGAACUACAGUAACGAGGAUGGCAUCUGACACACAAGAGUAUAAUAGGUUCUAGUGAUUUUUCACUGAUAUGGUAUAGGAAUAAUUAUUUCCUGCGAGUUUACUGUCUCUAUUCAUUGGUCACAUUGCUGCGUAGAAGAUGCUAAUGAAGCAUAAUGCAUGACAUGCUGCAGAUUUAACUUUAUUUAUAUCAUUCAAGAAUUUCAUUUUGAAAGAACAUGAAUUCUUAGUUUGGUCUAUACAUCCUUAUAUGCAAGUUGUUCAUAAAUUUCUCAGAUA